AUGGCUUUCGGCACCCUCUUCACCCACUCUGACAACCCCCGCUCCGUCGCCAUCAAGGCGGUCGCGAAGGCCAACAACCUCGACCUCAAGAUCUCCGAGGUCGAGUUUGGCAAGCCCACUGCCGAGCACCAGAAUGCCAAUGGGCUUGGCAAGAUCCCUGCCUUCGUUGGCGAGGAUGGCUUUGCCCUCUCCGAGGCGAUUGCUGUCGCCAUUUACGUGACCUCUCAGAAUGAGAAGACCACCCUUCUUGGCAAGACCAAGCAGGACUAUGCUUCCAUCCUGAAGUGGAUGUCUUUCGUCAACUCUGAGGUCGUCCAGCCUCUCGGCGACUGGUUCCGACCGCUCGUUGGCAAGGCCCCCUACAACAAGAAGAAUGUUGAUGACGCCUCCAAGGUCGUUGAGAAGGCCGUCGAUGUCAUUGAGAAGUACUUGCUCAACAACACCUUCCUGGUUGGCGAGCGCAUCACCCUCGCUGACCUGUUCUGCGCCCCUCUCCUCAACCGUGGCUUCCAGUACUUCUUCGACAAGCAGUGGCGCCAGGAGCACCCCAACACCACUCGUUGGUACGAGACCGUUGUCAACCAGCCCAUCAUCACUGCCGUUGCCAAGCAGCUGCCUCUCCUUGAGAAGCCUGCCUUGACCAAUGUCCCUCCCAAGAAGCCUGAGGCUCCCAAGGCCGCCCCCAAGCCUGCUGCUAAGCCCGCUGCUGCAGCUGAGGAGGAUGAGCCCGCCCCUGCUCCCAAGCCCAAGCACCCUAUUGACCUUUUGCCCCGCGCCACCUUCCCUCUCGACGAGUUGAAGCGCAACUACUCCAACUCCAGGACGGCUGGCACCCUCCCCGAGACCAUGAAGUGGGUCUGGGAGACUGUUCCUUUCGAGGAGUACUCCAUCUGGCGUGCUGACUACAACUACAACGAUGAGCUCAAGAUGACUUUCAUGUCCAAGAACCUCAUCGGUGGCUUCACUGAGCGAAUUGAGGCUUCCCGCAAGUACGUUUUCGGAGUCGCCUCCGUCUUCGGAAAGGACUUCGACUCCGUUAUCCAGGGUGCUUUUAUCAUCCGUGGCCAGGAGUUCUUGCCCGUUUUUGACGUCGCUCCGGACUACGAGCAGUACACCUUCAAGAAGCUUGACCCCAAGAAUGCCGAGGACCGUGCCUUUGUUGAGCUGCACUGGGAAUGCGGCAAGCCUAUCACCGUCAACGGUAAGGAGUAUGAGCACGCCGGCGACAAGGUCUUCAAAUAA